AUGGUCAAUAGUCAAGUCAAGGAUGACUUCUUUGUUGGCGAAACGAUGGGGGAGAGAAAGCACGCCAGUGAUUCUCUGAGCCGGUCUUCAUUUCCAACGCCUCGGGAAACAGGUCGAGAUAGAUGACAGCACCUUUUUAUCCUCUUCCUUACCGGGAAGGCGCACUUCUCUUCUUCUUCUGGCCUUCACCUCCUGCCCGGCCCGGAAAUAGAACCCAGCCCCCUUUCUGAUCCAUUCAUUUCUGCAAGCAGGCGGGAUCCAGAGCUAAGCCCCCCUCCUAUUCGAAGCCGGGUGUGGCCUCGCCCUUUUGCUCUUCCUUCGGUUUGGCUCCACGAAGGCGCCGCCUAGACUAGGAGCCCCACUCAUAUUCAAAAGGCGCCGAGCUUUCAAGACGAUGAUAAUAAUUAGUCAACUUUUUCCAAUAUCAUGGAAUAGCAUGGCCCGGGGCUAAGGUAACUCCAGUGGGAGAGCCGUGUUAUGGGUGACCUUAUUGCACGGUUCAGAGAGCACUUGUGUAUGUGAUGCAAGUGAACGUGUACGAAAAAGCUGUCGUAAAGUUUCGUUGUUCGUUCCGUCGUUGACCCUAUCUAUGUUUCUACGAUGGCCCAAGAACACGCUCAUUCUUCAGCCGUAGAGAGACUUUUGAAUUGUGAGGUACCAUUACGAGCUCAAUAUAUAAGAGUGUUAUUCUGUGAAAUAACUCGAAUUUCAAAUCAUUCACUUGCUUCAACUACUCAUGCUAUGGAUGUGGGAGCAUCAACUCCGUUCCUUUGGGCUUUUGAGGAGCGGGAGAAAUUGUUGGAAUUCUAUGAAAGAGUCCCGGGAGCCAGGAUGCAUGCCAGUUUCAUACGACCUGGUGGAGUGGCACAAGAUCUGCCUCUUGGCUUAUGUCGAGAUAUUGAUUCCUCCACACAACAAUUUGCUUCUCGUAUCGACGAAUUAGAAGAGAUGUCAACCGGCAACCGUAUCUGGAAACAACGAUUAGUGGAUAUUGGUACUGUCACUGCACAGCAAGCAAAGGAUUGGGGAUUCAGUGGUGUAAUGUUAAGAGGUCGUGCGACAUGAAGACAUUGAUAGCAAUAUGGGGGAAGUUCCCAUCAGGCAACAACGGUUCUGCCUGACCCUACAAAAGCAUGCAUAUGUUGUCAGUGAAGAUUUUGUGUGAAGCCUUGGAGACGACGUACCCGGGGCUAGGGUGAGCUGAGGGGGGACAGCGUAAGUGAGCGAAUGUGUGUAAGCCCAGUCAAAGAUUCC